UCCUUUUUCUCUUUUUUUUUUCUCUGCUUAUAUCUCUCUUUCUUUCCUCUCUUCAAAUCUCACGAUUCUCCUCCACUCCAUUUCCUAAAGAUCCAUCCUUCAAACCUUUAUGUAAAGAAGAAGAACAAAAACAGAAAAAGAUCAGAAAUUUAAUUGAAUCCCAUGGCUCACUCUUCUCUUCCAAUCUUUUUAGAUCCCCCAAAUUGGCAGCAGCAAUCGAAUCAGGCACCGGAAGCAAAUGAUCAUGAAGACCCACGUCAGAUUCCGGCGUUUCUGCCAGCGCCGGCGGUUCAUGGCGCCGGCGCGGGGUCUAUCCGGCCGGGUUCUAUGGCGUACAGAGCGCGGCUGGCGAUGAUUCCGCAGCCGGAGGCGGCGCUGAAAUGCCCGCGCUGUGAUUCCACAAACACCAAAUUUUGCUACUUCAAUAACUACAGCCUUUCUCAGCCGCGGCACUUCUGUAAAACCUGCCGCCGGUACUGGACCCGCGGCGGCGCUCUGAGAAACGUCCCCGUCGGAGGAGGCUUCCGGAAGAACAAGAAGAAGAAGAAAAGUAGUAACCGAUCCAAGUCCCCCACUGCCACUCAAGCUCAAAUGGGUAAUUCGAGAGGAAGUGGUGGCGCAAUAAUCUCAAACAUAGAGAACCCCACAAUGGGCCAUUUCCCUCGAUUCGGAGGGGGAAACUCAGGCCUCAACUUCACCGGAAUUCAUCUCAAUUCCGGCCGCCAAGAUCAUCAUCAAUUGGAUCAUCAUCAAUGGCGUCCACAGCAACAUCCGCCGUUCAUCGUCGCCGGACUCGAACCUCCGCCGCCACCCGGAUACCCAUUAAACAUUAUUCAAACCCAAGUUAACAACUUUGGCGCCGGCCCUAACUCAUCACCAUCAUCAGCAUCAGCAGCAGCUCUACAAUACUGUCACCAACAACUUCAGAAUCUGACACCCUUUCCGAGGAUUCCCAUGAAAAACGAGGAACAAAUCCAAAGCCAAAGCCAAAACCAAGAACAAGGAAUAAUAAUGUCUAAUUUCUUACGACCAGAUCAUGAUCACCAGAACAACCACCAAUUGAUGUGGCCGUGUGAUCAUCAAAAUUCCUGGACAGAUCAUCAUUUGUCGGCUCUCAGCUCUUCUUCCAGCACCCAUCUCUUGUAAGAUUAAUUAAUUCCCAACGUAACAUUCAAAAAAAAAAAAGAAAGAAAAAGAAAUAUGGUGGGAGAGAGUCAAUAUUAUAUCAUGUCAUGUGUUGUAUAUAUUGGCUUUCUUGUCAUGUUUUUCCCUUUUUUAAGGGGAAAAAAACCUUAUUUUUAUUUUUUCCUUUUUUUACUCAUCUCGAAUUAUUAUUUG